CAACCCUGUCGCGCAGUAUCACAGCGAGGAGGCGAGUUCUGUGUUAGUGGACCUGUGAUGUGAUAGAGAGGGGUUUUUUCUAUCUGAAAAUAUUAGAAAUGCUCGGAGUUGAAUGUUAGCCGAAAACCUCUGGAAAUUUCCACAUUAUAGUGUCGGAAAAUGAGUUGUAGUUCAACUCAGAUUUAAAACAAUCUUGCUCGGGGAUCGACUCGAAUGACUGCUUUCUCUUAAAAGAGUCGUUUCCAACAUUUUUACCCUGAGGACAUGCAGCAACGCAGAGAAAUACGCCUUUAACUUGAAACAAUCUGUGUCAAAAAUACUAUAGUACGCAAACUAUUGACGCUUCUGUGAAAAGUGAGUCGAGAAAAGUUUUGUUUCUGUUGUUUUGUCCACUGUUGUUUUUUUACGCACGGGAUUUGGCUGAAGAUCACAUAAGCCUGAAGCUGAAAUAUUUUUUUUCUGCUGAAUCUUUUGUGUGGUGUCGAGCACGAUGAAAGACGAGUUCGCUGAAGAAGAGGACGUCCAAUCGUUUGGAUACAAGAGGUUUGGUUUUCAGGAGGGAACUCAGUGUACUAAGUGUAAAAGUGAAUGGGCGCUGAAGGCUGCUAUAGGGCUGCUCUAUGUUCUCUGCAUCCUCCUCACCAUUGCUGUAGCCAUACUGGGUUACAAAGUGGUGCAGAAAGUGGAUGGCGUUACUAAAGGAAUACACAAAUAUGAAGGCAAAAUCAAUGCCAUGGAGACAGAUGUAAGAAAAAUAGAUGAAUCUGGUAUGAAGUUGAAGAACACUUCCAGUGAGCUGCAGAUGUUUCGUUCUGGGUUAUCAGCACUGCGUCAAAAGCUAGCUGCAGCCUCUGAGUCCGUCAACAGCAACGCAGCUGUCCUGCAGCAGCUCCGAACCUCGUCACAGGAUAUGCUUUCACUGCAGGAAUAUUUGGACUCGCAGCUAAAUGCCCAUGCUAGCGUUCUGCGUUCUGCUAAUGCUACGCUCUAUUCUGUUGCUGCAAACACACCUGUGCUGCAGCAGGACACGGCACGGCUUCAGCACAGCGUGCAGACACACAUCAAUGCACAGCGCAUGUUACAGCUGUCCAUCAACCGUCUCAACUUCACUCAGAUUCAGCAGGACGCUGUCACAACUGCACUGCAGCGUACAGUAGAAGCAUCGGAUAUGAAUACGCAGAGCGUCUAUAGUGACGUGCUAAUGCUGCGGCGGGAGACACAGCUAGUGAGCAGCAUUGAGGACUGGAUUAGGGAAAAGAUCAUGAAUUUGGAAAGAGCUGAAUUUAAUGCCUCAACCCACGUUCUCACCACUACACAGGGACUGGGUGAGAUAAACACGCAGCUAGCUAACAUCUCCAGUCAAAUUCUAAACAUUAGUACAUUCGUCGAUGGUAAUGCUGCCAACCUGAGAGAGCUACAGGAACAGCAGCAGGAUUAUGGCAGUCGAACGAGUGAUCGCUUUGAUAGAAUGGAGGAAAGGCUGGAUGCAGCAGAAGGAAAUGUUAACUGGGUCACAGGGAAUGUAAGCUAUACUACGUGGAUGCUGGGUGGAGUAAACGGAGCACUUGGUGCUUUGCGGAGCUGCUCAGACACAGUGGGGCAACAUUCAGAUCUCCUUCUGAAUUUAAACAGGACUCUGGCUGAGACACAGGCAGAUGGGUCUGCACUAAAGUCCCAGCAGGAUGACCUAUCUGCUCGGCUAGACAAAGAAGUCAGCAGUCUUUCAAUUAUCAUGGAGGAAAUGAAGCUUGUGGACAGCAAACACUCCCAGCUCAUCACCAAUUUUACAGUACUGCAGGGCCCUCCUGGUCCAAGGGGUCGCCGUGGUGAAAAAGGCCUAACAGGUGCGAUUGGUCCUCCUGGUCAGAAGGGGGAGAGAGGUGAUAAAGGAGAAGCAGGUGUUACAGGCACUCAAGGAGAAAAAGGAAGUACUGGCACUUCUGGUUAUUCAGGUAUCCCAGGUAUGCAAGGGCCUCCGGGCAGUCCAGGACCAAAGGGCUUACGAGGGUCAGGUGGCCGUGCAGGACCCCAAGGCACAAAAGGAGAGCCUGGCACACCUGGACAACCAGGCAAAGAUGGGAUGUCAGGGCCACCAGGUUUGCAGGGACCACCGGGUAUUCAUGGAGUAGUUGGUCCUAUAGGGGACCCAGGAGACAUGGGUCCACCAGGGCCGACGGGACCUCCAGGACCACCAGGGUUGCCAGGGAGAGCAGCGCCUGUGCCAAAGAUACAUGUCCUACCAGAAGAUGCUUCAGCUCAAGUUGCUACAAGAUCUCUGCUAGGUGGAGUUGGGUGCCCUGCUGACUGGGUACGGUUCAAAACUAGCUGUUACUUCUUCUCAACUGAAAAGCUCACCUUUGACGACGCUCUUCAAAAGUGCAAUGGCAUGUCUUCAUCCAUGCUCAUCAUCAAUGAUAAUGAAGAACAGGGCUGGUUACAUCUUCACACAAUUGGUAGAGGAUUUUUCUGGUUGGGAUUGACAGAUCGACAAAAUGAGAAUGUCUGGCGUUGGGUCGAUGGCUCAGAGCCUACUUUCAAUAACUGGAGGCCUGGUCAGCCUGAUAAUUGGAGCCAUGGACAUGAUGAAGGAGAGGACUGCGCAGGCCUUGUUCAUGGGGGCAAGUGGAACGACUUCUACUGUGAUGAACAGCUCGGUUUCAUCUGCAAAAGUGCGGUAAACAGUUGAAAUCUAUAACAAUGGAAGAGUGAACAGAUAAAUAUGGUCAAAUGACCUCAUAACUUGUGUCGGAGAUGGAUGACUCUCUUUGACAAGUAGACCUGAUGCAGGUACGAAGAAUGAGGAAAGACCAUGUAGUAGAAGUUGUACGCUGCAGUGUUUGGUGCAAGGUCAGUUGUUCCAUGUCUGCUACACAGUGACAUUAUAUAACGUUCUCAUUCCUGGACACUCAGUUCAUAAGCAUCAAGGAUCCAUUAACAACAAGUCUAUGGAAUUUUCUUAUAUUAUAUGUAUAUAAUUUUUAAUAGUUUUAUUUUACAUAUUUUUCCUGCUUUUUUCAGAGAAUCCUAAUCUGCCAUUUCUUUAUAGAUGCUGCUUUCCCCCCCAACACAUACCUACACAUUUCUACCUAUAAAUAAAUACAGAAAUAAUAGAACAAAGGAUGUAAUAAAUGUGAAUUUCCUUCCUAUCAUAUUUGCUCAACUACAAUCCACCAGUUAUUACUGAAGUGAUAAAUAAGAAAGUCAUUAAAAACAAUUCUACACCAUAA